UUUGCUUUUGUCUCUCACCGAGCCAGCCAUUCCCAACCCUCUCCUUGCCUCCAUUAAAAAAAAGGGGAGAGGGUAUACCAUCACUGCAGAGCCCCGGUGGUUACCGUACGCGCUAAAAACCACUCGCACCUUGUCUAAAAUAGAAUAAAGAAAAAAAAAAGAAAAAAUAAUUCACAUGCCAGCCCAAUUCUGCUUCCACCGUCCUCUGACCCUCACCUAAUGCCAAACCCAAACCCAAACCAAACGACCUUUGUUUUCUCUAUGCAAGCUCCAGACAAAGGGAAGGGAAGGAGAAGGAGAAGGAGAAGGUACAGCUCGGCUUCCCUUCUCCUCUUCUCCUCUUCUUCUAAAGUGAGUGAGAGAGAGAGGGAGAGAGGGGGGGUACAUGUAUCCCAAGGGAGGAGAGUUCAAUGGAUCGCUGGACGGGGCUAGCCUCCUUCGAGAUGCGUCCCAUCUUCUCACGAACGACCCCAAGCCCCGGCUCCGGUGGACCGCUGAGCUUCACGACCGCUUCGUCGAUGCCGUCAACCAGCUCGGUGGUCCUGACAAAGCAACACCAAAAACCAUUAUGAAAACCAUGGGUGUUAAAGGUCUCACUCUUUAUCAUUUGAAGAGUCAUCUUCAGAAAUACAGAUUGGGGAAGCAGUCAAGCAAAGAGUCCUCUGAGAACUCCAAAGGUGGUACCUCUCUCUCCCGAUCCCUCUUAUCUGCUGGUGUCGUGGAAAACCAGGGAACUGGAUCAUCAUCAUCAUCACCAUCAUCAAGAUUAAUGGCCCAAGACUUAAAUGAUGGAUGUAAUGAAGCAAUGAGAGUACAGAUGGAACUUCAAAGGCAGCUGCAUGAACAACUUGAGGUUCAGCGGCAUCUUCAGAUCCGGAUUGAGGCACAAGGAAAAUACCUUCACUCAAUGCUGGAAAGAGCUUGCAAUGCUCUCAUCAACCCAAAUCUUGCACUAGUAGGACUUGCAUCGAUCAGAUGUGACCUCUCUGAGUUGCCGAAUGUUGAAACAGAUGACUGCCUAGGUCACCCACAUGUAUCUCUGAAACUGCCAUCUUUAUCUGAGAUUGCAGCUGCAUGCAUGGAAGAGAAAUCCUUGAACAGAGCAAUAGCACAGAUUGCUGAAUGCUCGGUUGAUAGCUGUCUGACAUCAACAGAAAGCCCAGGAAGAGCACCAGUCUUGGGUUCACAGGCAGCUGCUUUGAGAAAAGGAUUGUGCCCCUUGCUUGGAACUGACGAAGCACAUGCCUGGGAUGGAGAUGUCCAUGAAGAUGGACAAUGGGUUUCUAGCAUUUGAAACUGAAGUGGAUAGAUGUGAACUCUUUAAUUUUUAAUUAUGUAUUUAAAUUUCAGUGAUCCAGUGUUUUAAGUGUCAUUUUUUUCAUAAGAACGGUUGCCUGUUGGGCUUCUUGUUUCUGGAGCUACAAAAAGCUUUCAAGUUAAUCAUUAAAACGAUUAUCACAAGCUUAUUUUCUGUGCCUCAA